CUGAGCCUGUACAGUAACAUGGCGGUCCGGUGUAAGAAGAAUGUGGUUUCAGCAACCUGAGUCAGUGGAAACACCGCGGGUCAUGUUUAGAUUUUACCACCCGAGAAAGAAUAACGGCGGGUUAUAUAUGUCGGGUUUGUCUGGUGAUCUUUGACAGCGUCCUUCCCGGUAGCACAGAUUGGGAUUCGAUCCCGAGUGGCGAGACUUUAGCUUCCCGGGUUCGGUGCGAGGCGUUUCAGCCGUCGCCACUGAGGAAGAAGCCACAGUUCCGUGCAGGCAGGACCACAGUGGGAAGCAACCUGCUCCACACAUGAGGAGGCUCCUGACCGGACAACCACAGCACGAGAAUGCCAGGGCCGAUGGAUCCCAUUGACUCCGGACAAGGGCAGGAGAAGCCGUCAGAGCAGUUUUGCGAUUUGUCACCGAACUCCAAAGGGCGACAGCGGAAGAAAAAUCCCAAAUAUUUUGAUUAUGAAACUGAGGGCUCGUUCAGUGUGCAAAGUGCACAGCAAGAACCACGUAGACGGCGCUCGCGAGGUGGAGCAGCUUCUAAAAAGUCUCCCGCAGAGCGUGGAAAGGCUAAGAAUGACACACAGCAGGCUGCAGGUGAGGACAUAGAAGCACCUGAUGAAAUCCCUCAAGAGUCUGAUGGAAAAAUCUCAAAGGAAACCCCGAAAAAAGCAGUUAGAGGCAAGAAGACUCCCACCAAAAAGACUCCUGCCCAAAAAACUCCUGCCAAAAAAACUCCUGCCAAAAAAACUCCCGCCAAAAAAACUCCCGCCAAAAAAACUGAUGGGCCCCUCCCGUCUGUGGAGGGUGGAGUUGUUGAUACUGUGCAGCAGGAAAAUGGGACGCCAAAGAGGAAGUAUGUGAAGAAGAGGCCUGCACAGGAAGUGGAACCAGUUGCAGAACCAGCAUGUAAGGAGGCUGAAGGAGAACCUGAGGAGGAGACCCAACCAGGUGGUCGCCGCAGGAGAGGUGCAGCUAAAGCGGCGUUGAAGUACCUCCACAUUUUGGCAAAAGAAAUUUUCAGUCAUCCAGGCAAUGAGUCCGUCUCCCAGCCGGAGGCCAGAGGUGAUAUCGCAGAACCAGUGACAAAGAGCAGAAAUCUCAAAGGACGCAAAGGGUGUAAAGGCCAAAAGAGGAAACGUGGUAGCUAUGACAGCGAUCCUGAAGAAGAUAAGGACUUUGUUCCAGAUGUUGAAGAAGAGGAGGUUGAGGAGAUGGAAGAUGAGGAGGAAGCAGAGGACUCAGACUUUGACUCAGACUUGGGGACAGGUGGAAGAAGUCCAGCAGCUUUUCGCGCCAACAGGACAAGUACAGGCUCGAAUUUCAAAACCCCCAACGGCCUCGGCGUCAACAUCAUGAGAACUGUUUGUGAAGCGACUGAGGCCACCAAGAAAUUCCGGGAGGAGCACUACAGCAGCUGGGUGUUCCCAGAGUGGGUCCCCUCCACCAGCGACUGGCAGCCUGUGCCACAAAGUGAUGUGGAGAAAUACCUGCCUCAGGAGCUUCAGUCGGCUGCUUUCAGAGUGUCCAGAGAGGGACUCAGUAAGGAGGAGACGCCUCUGCAGAGACUCAGCAGGUUCGCCGCGGUGCCCGCGCACCAGGAUCGCUGGGACAUGUUGCUGUUCGCAGGUGGGCCAGUCUGGGCCAUGGAGUGGUGUCCUACACCUGAUGGUGCUCCGGCGUCCCAGUACAUAGCUCUGGCCUGCCAUGGAGGGAUGGACGACCAGCACUAUGUCAACAAGACGUACGCUGGACCUGGACUCGUCCAGCUGUGGGACGUGGGCAGGCUGGAGUACAACAGCAGACCGGAGUCCCAGCCAGCCUUGGUCUGUGGCUUGGCCCAGGACAAGGGCUUCAUCUGGAGUCUGAAGUGGUGUCCUGCAGGAGGCUGGGAGCCCCCCAGCUGUGGCAGAAAGCCUCCUUUCCUGCCCAGACUGGGUCUUCUGGCAGUUGCCACCUCCACCAGUGUGGUCACCAUUUACAGCCUGCCCCACCCUGAUGCUCUGCACUCCAACAAGAUGCAAGCUAACUCUGGAAAACCCAGCAAACAGUUGCCAAUAUACCAGGCUAAAGGAGUGUUGACGCUGAAGCUGGGCUCCUUCAAAGCUCCUCGUCUGGAAAGAAGUGGACAGGUCCUGUCCAUGGAUUGGCUGCCUGGAAAACCACACAACAUAAUGGCUAUUGGAUUCUAUGAUGGUGUAGUCGGUCUGUGGGAUCUGUCCACCAAGUCUGCGCUGUUGCGAGUGCGAGAGCCCGACAAGUCACUCAGCCUGCUGCCCUAUCGAUGCCUCCUGGCUCACGACCACGCUGUCCGAGCUCUGGCCUUCUGUCCCGCCUCCAGACACCUGUUGGUGACGGCAGGAGAAGACCGCUAUGUGAAGACCUGGGACCUGAGGAGGCUCUACGAUCCCGUCAACGUCUUCAAACGCAAUCUGACCAAUGAAAUCUACUGGCCGUUGAAUGCGCCUGGCGUCCUGUUGGCCCAGGAGAACGCCUAUGCAGCGACUGGUUCACAUGGAGUCCAUUACUUUGACCAUACCGUGGCCCCCUUCUUCGCAAUUCCUCGGACGGGCACUGUGUGGUCCAUAUCCUACACUGAUUGGCUGAACAGUGUGGUGACAUCAGACAGCCUCGGUGAGGUGAUCCUCGCCUUGUUACCUCAGAUAUGCUUCAGUCCUCAAUACGUCAAACGCACACUGGAGAGGCGUUUUCCCAUCUACCUCACAUCUCUGGUGCCUUAUGAUACAACUAAAGAAGAAAAUGAAGCGAUGGGAGGAGCGGAGGAUGAGGAGGGAGGUGCUGUUGAAGAGCAGGAAGGAGGAGAGACAGAAGGACCGGAUCCUGGAUCUGAAGGAGGGAAUGAGAACAGUAAUGGAAACCGGCGGGAUGGAGGACGGGGUAGAAAGGGUUCACGUCCUCCUCUGCGGUUCCAGACAUACAGAGAGGCUGUGAAGAAAUACUGCCUCCACCAUACAGACAACAACAUGAGAACCUUUGCAGGAAGUGAGCAGCGAGCUGUGUGGAAACGCAUGAAAGACACGGAGCUGAAGACGAAGAUAAACACGGAUGAUAUGCAGCUGGCUGCGCUGCACAAGGUGCGUUUCAACCCAAACAUGUGCUGCCAUACCUGGGUGGUGUCGGGGGGCCAGGCUGGCCUGGUCAGACUGAACUGUUUAAGGAGCAUGAUCAGCUCCCAGGCCAAGGACAUGAUCCUUGAGAACCAGGCCCAGUUCAACACACUGUACCCACCAAAAGACCCGGAGGAGGCCGUCCAAACUGUGCCAGAAGACCUAUAGCAGGAGAUCAACUGACUGCAGAACCAGGAGGUGGAUCACGCCGGGUGUAUGACUGCAAAUAACACAAACCUGCAAAAAAUGUAUUUUUAAUAAUGAGAAGAAUAUAUAUUAAUAUUGCAUUAGCACAUACAGGACAGUGCAUACAGCUGCUGUUUAUCAACUUGGUUUAAUGUAGUUUAACGACCAACAGUGACAUAAAUCAACUGACCGAACGAUCCGACUUUAAAUUUAAACACGAUGGAGGUUUUCAGCAGCACCUCAUUGGAAAACCUGUUCCUGUGGUUUGAGGUCUGUCUGAAAGUGUUGCAGGUUAGUGGAGAAGCAUUAGUAAGAGUUCCCUCCUGUAACCUCACCUGGGCAGGUGGCAGUUAAGUGCCUUGCUUGAAAUGUAUGACUCACUCAGAAUCAAAAGCCAUUACAGAAGUUAUGAGCAGAAAUAGAAUUUAAUAUUAAUAAUUAUGUUUUCAUUAGUGUGUAUUGCAGUAAGAAUCGCUGUGUUUCUGUUAGAGUCCACUAUGUUGCACCGCCAUGUGUGUAGUUUUGCAGCCACCGUAGGUUUUCCUCCACACUUGGAAAGGAAGGGUGGGCUGAGAGAUGUUCAGUUGGUUGUGGUUAUUGAUUCUAAGUGAGUCAGGGAGGGUUUUCAGUUACUCCAGCGUCUCUUAUUUGGAAAACAUAUUGCAGAUGGCAAACACAGCAGUGACACCAUCGUUGACAGCAGUCCAGGGAAAUAAAAAUGUGAGUUAUCAGCUUCUUCCACUCUUAUAAAAUCACAUAUGCUCAGGAAGAGUAAUUCACAUUUGAUGAUGAAAACAACUGAAGUUGUCUACAGUGAUGUAGAAUGUACUUCAGGGUGUCGGUGCACCACGACGUCGCUGCUGGGUGCGGUUACAUUCAAAAUGCAUCUUGUUUUUUUCACGUCUGUCGAUAUAAUGCGAAGCAGAUGUUUGUCAUUAUUUUUCUACGUGUCACAAGUCUAAGAAAGGUGUUUCUGGACAAACGCUGGAAGAUUUGACGGACUGCAACAUGAAAGAAACCUUCAGGCUUUUCCUACAUCACUUUGACUGACCUUUUGAUUUUGACAUUCCCCUGCAGGUGUAAUCCCCCCAAAAUCUCACGUCACUGUUGAUGAACAGCAGGCUGGUUUAUCUUUAAGGUCAUUUUUGCUGCUGUAUUUUUAUAAUUGACAUUUUUUCUCUUUUACCAUGUUGAGAAUAACUCAGGCUGCAUCUGAGAGGAAAUACUUGAAUUUUUUUUAUUGUAACACUGCUGGAUGUACCGUUUAUAGAUAACAACUUUUAGCUCUGUUUUUCAUUGUUCCUUUCUUUAGAUGUUGAACCUGCUGUUAUUCUGAUGAUUGAAAGGUUUUGAUUCAUUUUUUAAAUUUAAACAGCGGCAGCAUUGUGACAUGACCGAGCUUAUUUUUUAGUAUCUGCAGAGAUGUCUCUUUUUUAAAAUGGGGGUUUGAUCUGUUUUGUUUUUCAGAUUAGUUUAAAAUCUCAUCGACAGUUUCAGAAUGAUGUUCAGUGAACACCAUGAUAAUGUUGUCGUUCACUGGUCAUAUUAUUAACUUGGAAAUCAUGAAGAUGACGAUAAAAACAUCAAAGUGUUUUGCUUUUUUGUUGUUCUGCUCUGUCGUUGUUUUGUUCUGCUAUUUUUUAAUGUCACAUAGAAUAAAUGUUUUGUAAUAAAAAAUAUUUG